GGAAAAGGGUUAUCUGACAGUUGGUACGGUCUGGAGGGCGGGCGGCGCGUGUCGGUGCUACCGGGCCGGGUUCUUUGUGAGAAGUCACUGAGAUGUAUGUACUCAGUUCCUGGCACAUAGUAAACACUCGAAAGGAUCUGCUCCAUGGGCUUCUGGAUCAGGAAGAACUUGUUUUUUAAUCCCAGUAAGGCUCCAGGGAGCGGGGUCAGGGCCAGGGAGAGGAUGGUGUCGGUUACUAUGGCCACUUCUGAGUGGAUCCAGUUUUUUAAAGAAGCCGGCAUUCCCCCGGGCCCUGCUGUGAAUUACGCUGUGAUGUUUGUGGAUAACAGGAUCCAGAAGAGCAUGCUGCUGGACCUCAACAAGGAGAUCAUGAACGAGCUGGGCGUGACGGUUGUAGGGGACAUCAUCGCCAUCCUCAAGCACGCCAAGGUGGUGCACCGCCAGGACGUAUGCAAAGCUGCCACGGAGUCGGUGCCCUGCAAUCCCAGCUCCCUCUCAGGCGAGCUUCGCCGUGCUGCCUCUAGCGCUGCCUCCCGAAUGAUCGCCAACAGCCUGAACCGAGACUCCCCGCCCAGCACUCCCCCCAGGCGGCCAGACACCAGCACCUCCAAGAUCUCUGUCACUGUGUCUAACAAGAUGGCUGCAAAGGGUGCCAAGGCUGCCGCUCUGGCCCGCAGGGAGGACGAGAGCCUGGCUAUUCCUGCCAAGAGGCGCCGGGUCACUGCGGAGAUGGAGGGGAAGUACAUCAUCAACAUGCCCAAAGGCACCACCCCCCGCACCCGCAAGAUCCUGGAGCAGCAGCAGGCCGCCAAAGGUCUCCAUAGGACAUCUGUGUUCGACCGCCUUGGAGCUGAGACCAAGGCAGACACGACCACAGGGAGUAAGCCCACAGGAGUUUUCAGCCGCCUGGGGGCCACCCCAGAGAUGGAUGAUGAUCUGGCCUGGGACAGCGACAAUGACAGCAGCAGCUCUGUCUUGCAGUAUGCUGGGGUCCUGAAGAAGCUGGGGCGGGGCCCAGUGAAGGCCAGUCCCCAGCCAGUCCUGCCGGUCAAAGCCAAGGCCACAAGCUCCAAGGCAACAGUACCCACUGCCCCAACGCUGCGGCGCCUGGCGCUCUCCUCACCUCCCAGGCUCGAGAAGAAGUCAGAGUCCCUGGCCAAAGUGAGCAUCAUCCACAGACUGGGCAAGGCCGCCCCAGUGUCCGAGGCCCAGGACAGCCAAGUCACCAGCACCAAGAGCCCGACUCUCCGCUGCAUCCUGCCCGACCCUCCUGUGCCUCCGGCCUCUCAGCGACCCCCUCGCCGACGCUGGCGUUGAGCCUGUCGAGACUCUUAGCUGUCCCUGGGCUGCUGUGGGGUACCUGGGUGUGUUUUCCUCUCUCAAAAGCCCUGCCCGGGACUGGUGGGCAAGGGGGUAUCACAGGGGAGACUGAUCGGAGAGAGAAGACAAUGGCGUUUUAAUAUAUUUUUUGUGAGUUCCCAUCUGUUUCCCUCCCCUCCUUGGGGUGAGAGGCAGGUCAGGUUUUCACACCAACACAGUGCUGGGGUUGCAGGGGCGGGGCGGGGGGUGUCACUGGCCAAGUGACGGGGCUCGAUCCCGAAAAGCUGAGUUCCUGCACACACUCAGGCCCCAUCUCCAUUCUGUUAAGCCACCUCCUCCCCCUACAAACAGAGCUGUCACUCUGCCACCUCCCAUCCUGUUUCUGUCACUCUGCCUGUUGUUCCUACCUGGGCUCCAUUUGUGAGCACUGAUGGGUCCAAUCUCGCUCCUUGCUCUCAGCAGCCACACUUCUGUCAUAGA